GAUAGCUGCAUGUUCUUGUUCUCUCUGAAAUCAGGUCAUUCUUAAGUGAUAGCGUAUCUGUAAUAAAUUAGCAUGAUGCGGGAUAAAUACAACUGGAUGAAGUAUUGAUGUUUAAAAUUGAUCUGUACUUUAUGAAAACUGCCUUUACAUUCAGAAGUGCACGUUUGAAAGAGCUGUGGAUUAUAUACACGUGCAGAUGGGAAAAUAAGUGUGAAGAAAUAACAGGGAAUAAACAAUUACUAUCUCGCAGUAAAGAUAAUAGAUGAAAAAAAGGAGUCAAUUUUAGUUUUCUUAAACGAUGUUUGGUCGUUGGUAUUAGAUUUCAGCGAGUUCUGGUGUGUUUUGGAUGAGCAGGAAAAAAAAAAAACAUUUGAGAAUAAGAAGGAUUUGUUUCAAAUCAUAAGGGUGAAAUUAUAUGUAAUUUGAAUCCGUGAUGUGGAUGUAAUAUGGUCUUAAAUACUUGCAUUGCAUACAAAGGCGCAAUAUUCGUUAUAUAAUUUAAACUUGCAUCAAGCGGACAGGUACUGAUGAAAUAUCAUGCCUUAUAUUAACCAGCGGGUUUAUUGUACUGAGGAUACGCGUACGUGAGCCAGUUCAUACAACGCGCAAACAAAAUAAACAAACGAGGUGACUAAGAUAUAAAGAUUCAAGUGACAUACAUCAUCGCAACCUGCAGAGGAAAAUAUAUGUUACUACGGCACUAAAUGUAUAAAAUGUAAUACUUGCACAAUAAAUUAUAUUCAGAAUAAAGAAGUUUAUGGAAAAAACCUCGAUAGAGUUAUUUACGUAAUUAAGGUCCAGAUACUAGGUAUAAAAUCGUAUUCAUUACGAAAAAGUAUAACCACGGAUUUCGUGCUGGCAAAUGCAGGUGGUGACAGAAUUGUAUAUACAAUACGGACGCGAUGAAAUAACUGAUUAGAAAUACCAUGCCGGAAAAGGACAUUGAGGCUGAGAAGCCCCUGCAAAAGGGCGCCCGCGAGCCGCGGGGACGGCGGUGCAAUAUGGGUGGUGUGGAUUUCCGGUGGGUGGCGGCGUGCGUCUCUCUGACCCUGAUUGGCGUUGCUAUAGGCUAUUGGGUGGUCAAGCCUAUAGGGGCGGGAGUACCGCCCAUUUGUCAUUGUGAGAAUCUACGCUUCUGUGAGCGGGUUACGGAUACAACGAGAAAAGAGGUGUUCAUGUUUUCAUUGCGGGCGACUGCGACAGACUGGCAGCACUAUGAUUGGACCAAAGUGACCACGGUUGUAAUGGUUGGGUAUCUAGACAUGGGGCUUGUCUGUCUCGCCCAUGAACAUGGUGCUCGGGCUGUAAUCAUUGGCGACGUGUCGGCGGACGUGUUUGUGAGUCCGGACAAGCGGAAGUCAUGGAUCGCCAAGCAGCUCGAUGUCGUGGACCGCCACUUCCUGGACGGCCUUAAUUUCGACUUCGAGAGCCCCAUUCUUCCGAGCCAGUUUGACCUGAGGGACGGAUAUACCGCCCUCGUGCGGGAGACGCGCGCGGCCCUCGUGGAGAAGUUCCCAUUUGCCAUGGUUUCCGUGGACGUGGCAUGGGGCGCCCAGGGCGUUGAUGAGAGAAACUAUGACUACCAGGGGCUGGCGGCGGCGGCCGACUUCCUGUUCGUUAUGGCAUACGACAUGCAGAGUCAGAUCCGGGGGUCCUGUGUCGCCGGGCCAAACAGUCCCUUCCCAAGUGUCAUGGAAGGUAGGGAGAUAUCUACGAGGAAAAAGGAUAUAACAGGUGUACAAAGCUAUCUGAAUGCCAGUAUCUCCCCCGACAGGCUGGUUCUGGGUCUACCCUGGUACGGCUACAACUACUCUUGCAUCGCCUUGUCCACGGAAAACGUGUGUUCCAUCCGCGCCAUCCCAUUCCGGGGCGUGUAUUGUAGCGACGCGGCCGGUAAUGAGAUCAACUUCAAUAUCGUUUCCAGUCUGCUCGAGUCUUCCACUUCCGGACGACUCUGGGACGAAGAGUCACAGACGCCAUACUUUAACUAUGAGAUGCACGGCGAGUCUCUGCAGGUCCGAUAUGAUGACCCAAAGAGCCUCACAGUGAAAUAUCAGUACGCGCUAGACGCGGGGCUGCGGGGUGUUGGGGUGUGGAACACGGAGGCACUGGCGUACAGCUCCCAAGCGCCGCGCGACAUCUGGGACGUCCACGAAAUGUGGGCCGCGCUGCCUGACUUCCACGAGAAUCAGCCUCACAACCACCGGAAACAAUCGACGCGGCACGUAGGGCGUGAUUAGACACAAGUGGUGGACAUACGAACGGAAAGUAGAACCGGGACUGACUGUAAUCGUAGAUUGGUGACUCAUUAAUUGAACAUGGUGACAAUGAUCGUGGAUUAUUUGGUGCUGCUCCCGAUAUCAGGGGAGAUUGCGGGUACAUUCGGAGCUCCUCGGCCAUUUUUAUCGAAAAAACCCUCGGAUGUAUCUGGACGGUUAACAUACUCAGAAAGCGGUACGUUUAAGUCCGCUGCAAGUAGAUCGCGUAGUAAUUUUAUUUAGAAGUUAAACUUCAUGACUCAACUCUUGGGACUCUUAAUUAUGUUUGAAAUGAUACACUUCACUGGCAAUGAAUGUAAACCUAGAUCAAUAUAUACAACUCUAAAGCUCUACAUUCAAUUAAUGAUAUAAUUCAAAAAUACGAACUACUUCAACUGAUGUACCGGCAUACAUCCGAGGUUGUGUUAGAUAAAAAUGACCGAGGAGCUCCGAAUGUUGUUGAUACUGAUGAAACAAUGGGUCGUGGCAUUGGCUUUUACCAUAUUCUGGAAUAAUAGUACACUUACGGUGAUAUACAGGCGACAUGUUGGAUCUAGGACUUAAUUAUCUCGUGGCCACGAAAUACUAAUAAUAUAUGUCAUGUUUUUCCGAUCCGUUGCCAUGUAACGAGGCUUGAGUGAUUAAGUCGUUGCCACAAGAUAAGGACGACGUUAUUUUGACGUAGCCAUGAAAUACCAUAUGUUACCUCUAUGCUACUGUAUUCUACAUUUGUCAUGGUAACAUAUUUGAAUAUUUUGUUCGAAACUAUUAGUAUGACACCAAUAUACUUACAUUCCAACACGCUGUUAGUGUAACAUUCAUGGAAAUUUGUCAUUUGGAUGAAUAAGCUCGAGUGCUGACACUAGUGCUUUGCAUCAACUUUUUAACAAGCCCUGCUGUAUAAAAUCAAGAAUAUAAGCAAGCCUCUAAGCAUUUGACCAGUGCAGGGCUUGUGACUUGUGGGUUGUGCUAAUUUUGACCACUGAACUGUGCAUUUUAUGUAUUUAUUCUACGUGUUACGGUGCUAUUCAUUUGGAAUAUACCAAUUGAAAGAUUAAUAUAAAAGCGGUGGUAUUCAUUCCGCAAAAUUCAUUAAGAUUUGUAACAAUAUAUAUGCAUUAUAAUUAACGUAUCUAUUUAUAUGUAUAAAUUGCUCAAGACAGAA